AUGAUGCGUGAGCCACCGCGCCCGGCCCGAAAAAAUCUUCUAGAUGACCCAAAGCUUGUGUGGCAGAGAGGGCGGCCGUGUGCUCUUUGUGCAGACUGGAGUCAGAGGAGUCACGCUAACUCUGUUCACAAUGGCAGAUGUUUUGUGCAGGCCGUGAGGCUGAUUGCGGAGGGCAAAGCUCCCAGAAUCCCCCAGCCCGAGGAAGGCGCCACCUACGAGGGGAUUCAGAAGAAGGAGACGGCCGUGGUGAACUGGGACCAGCCCGCAGAGGCCAUUCACAACUGGAUCCGCGGGAACGACAAGGUGCCGGGAGCCUGGACAGAGGCCUGUGGACAGAAGCUGACGUUUUUCAACUCGACCCUGAACACGUCGGGCGUGGUCCCCGAGGGAGAGGCUCUGCCCAUCCCGGGGGCCCACCGGCCGGGGGUGGUCACCAAAGCAGGGCUCAUCCUCUUCGGGAAUGACGACAGAAUGCUGCUGGUGAAGAACAUUCAGCUGGAGGAUGGCAAGAUGAUCCCGGCCUCGAACUUCUUCAAGGGAGCAGACAGCAGUGCCCUUGAGCUGACAGAGGAGGAGCUGGUCACCGCAGAGGCCGUGCGGAGCGCUUGGCAGCGGAUCCUGCCCAACAUCCUGCAGGUCGAAGACUCCACUGAUUUCUUCAAAUCAGGGGCUGCGUCGGUGGACGUAGUGAGGCUGGUGGAGGAAGUCAAGGAACUCUGUGAUGACCUGGAGCUGGAAAACGAGGAUGUUUACAUGGCAACCACCUUCGGGGACUUCAUCCAGCUGUUAGUGAGAAAACUGCGAGGGGACGAGGAUGACAGCCAGUGCGCCGUCCACUACGUGGAAAUGGCCGUCAACAAGCGGACGCUCCAGAUGCCCCACCAGCUCUUCAUUGGGGGGGCGUUCGUGGAUGCCGACGGCGGCAAGACGUACGAGACCAUCAACCCGACCGACGGAAGUGUCAUCUGCCAGGUGUCCCUGGCCCAGGUCAGCGACGUUGACAAGGCAGUGGCCGCGGCCAAGGAUGCCUUUGAGAAUGGACUGUGGGGGAAGAUCAGCGCGCGGGACCGGGGCCGGCUUCUGUACAGGUUGGCGGACCUCAUGGAGCAGCACCAGGAGGAACUGGCCACCAUCGAGGCCCUGGACGCCGGCGCCGUCUACACGCUGGCCCUGAAGACGCACGUGGGCAUGUCCAUCCAGACCUUCCGCUACUUCGCCGGCUGGUGCGACAAGAUCCAGGGCUCCACCAUCCCCAUCAACCAGGCCAGGCCCAACCGCAACCUCACCUUGACCAGGAAGGAACCUGUAGGGGUCUGCGGCAUCGUCAUCCCCUGGAACUACCCCCUGAUGAUGCUGUCCUGGAAGACAGCCGCCUGCCUGGCCGCGGGGAACACCGUGGUGAUCAAACCUGCCCAGGUGAGUGUGGGCCGCCCCGGGUGGGGCUCAUGGCUGCGGAGACCCUCAGGAACCUGCACCGGCCAGAGGUUUCCUCACCUAAUUCUGUCUACAAGAACAGACGGCUGGCCGGGCGCGGUGGCUCAGGCCUCGGGCCCCUGCCAGGGAGGGUGGGGCUGGGGCCAAGGUGCUGGGCCGGGGCUGGGCCUUGCUCUCUACAAUGAGCCUGCUCUGGGCCUCCCUCGGCCCCUCUGCCUGGGAGUCCUGGUGCCCCGGGCUCCCGGCCCCACACCCACCAUUCCUUUCAGCUGUGCCCUGAGCAACGUGAAGAAGGUGUCCCUGGAGCUGGGCGGGAAGUCCCCCCUCCUAAUCUUCGCGGACUGUGACCUCAGCAAGGCCGUGCAGAUGGGGAUGAGCUCUGUUUUCUUCAACAAAGGGGAGAACUGCAUCGCCGCCGGCCGGCUCUUUGUGGAGGACUCCAUUCACGACGAGUUUGUGCGGAGGGUGGUAAGUCCCGCCCCAGGGUCUGGGGGCGCUGCUGGCCCGCUGGGACGGCAGCCUGCCUCGGCUCUGUCCCUGCCGACUCUGCGAGCCGUAGCCUCCUUCCCCGCAGCGGCACGGCGAGAUCACGUAACAAAACAGGCCGGCGUGGGGAAGCCGCCCACCGGGGUCGGCGUCCGUCUGGAACGAGGCGCCCACGCGGUGGCCGGCGGGACCCAGGCUCCGGCCGGGCAGGGGAGGUUGGCCCGCUGGGGCCCGCGCCGUCCUGCAUGCCAUGGGGCCGUGUGUCCCCCCGCAGGUUUCUUCUUUGAGCCGACUGUUUUCACGGAUGUGGAAGACCACAUGUUUAUCGCCAAGGAAGAGUCCUUCGGGCCCGUCAUGAUCAUCUCCCGGUUCGCCGACGGGGACGUGGACGCCGUGUUGUCUCGGGCCAACGCCACCGAAUUCGGCCUGGCUUCUGGCGUCUUCACGAGGGACAUCAACAAAGCCCUGUACGUCAGCGACAAGCUCGAGGCAGGCACCGUGUUCGUCAACACCUACAACAAAACCGACGUGGCCGCUCCCUUCGGAGGAUUCAAGCAGUCCGGGUUCGGCAAAGACCUGGGAGAGGCAGCCCUGAACGAGUACCUGCGGGUCAAGACGGUGACCUUUGAGUACUAAAGGAAGGUCUCGGAGGUGCUGCCGCCUCCUGCUCACCUGCGGCCUGCCCCCCUCUGCUCCCAGCCCGGUGCGUAGCUCCUGCCGCUGCCCUGGUGGCGGGAGCCCCCCGCCUGCACCCCCACUGCGUCCCAGGCAGCGGCCCCUGGCGGGUGAGGGGUGACUCCCCGGAGAAUAAAGUUUCUGAGCGCAGGC